CUUUUCAGAAAGAAGAAGAAAAAGAGAGAGGAAGCCGAGAUGGGUCAAGUUCAGAGCGAGGCGGCAGCAGAUGUGGAUCCCCAAGGCCACCCCGUCUCUCCUGCUGCUUCCAUCAACUCUCUCAUAUCCGAAGCGUCUGCAUAUGGCAAUGAUGCAAAUGAGGCAUUUCUUUUAUACAACCAAAAAACAAAAACAAAAACAAAAACAAAAUUCUCCUUGUAUGAUUGCCAUCAAAAUGAGCUGAAGGCACUGGAGUGCCCUUGCAUAGCCGACUUACGAAAAGGCCCUUGUGGGAUUCAGUUCUCUGAGGCGUUUGUUUGCUAUCUGAAGAGUACUGUGGCGGAGAAGGGAUCAGACUGUGUGCAUCCGUUUGUAAGUUUGCAGAACUGUAUUAAAGCUAAUCCAGAUGCAUUUCCUAAGGAACUUUCAGAAGAUGAUGAAGUUAGAAAAGAGGAAAAGCUGACCCAGGAUUACAAAAUCAUCCCACCCUCAUGGUCGAAAGAAUCCCUAAGGCCAAAAUCCAAUCUGUAGGAAGAUCACAACCAACUACAUUUUGUUCAUCCUGGGAAAUAGAAAGUUAGAAACCAUGAGUAAUAUUGUAUUAAUGAAGUUGUCAUUGAAUGUCUAGAAGCUGUGCUCCAAAUAUAUUC